CUCUUUCUCUCUCUCUCUCUCUCUCUGUCUCUCACUCUGAAUCACAGGCAAUGUGAUCAACUUGUUUUCUCAAAAUACUGAAUCCACACGCUCUCACCUCUCUUACAUACGGACUUUAAUUUCUGGAUAUCGGCUUGGGUGGCUACUGAUGCACAGAGGACAAGGAUUUCAACUCAAACUCAAGGAGUUCAUAUCAAACAAAAGUUAACUAACACAUGUUUAAGUGGUUGAUUUAAAAAGGAAUAGCGUUUUUCUUAUAACCGGAGUAUCACUAAUAUAGCAAGAUUUCGCGUAAAAACAUUCAGGGGGAGCGCCCAGCCCUAACAAGACUGGCCAGCAGGGCGCGAAUGAUCACGACCGGUGUUUUGGGUGUUGUCAUGGUACUGGUGCUGGUGAUUUUAAUACCUUUCCUGGUAAACUCAGCUGGGACCUCAGCGAGUUAUGAGAUGCUCGGCGCCUGUCGGAUGGUGUGUGAUCCGUAUGGAACGAAGUCUCCAGCAUCUGCCUCAGCCAACACUGCCCGCGACAAUCAUUUGAUCCAAUCUCCACCGCCUUAUGCCCGGGGCCCCAAGGGUGAGCCAGGGCGCAUAGGAAGGAUUGGCCCCAGAGGUCAACCGGGUCCACCAGGGCCCCCGGGAGAAAUGGGAGAACCGGGACCACCUGGAUUACCGGGACCACCGGGAGAAAGCGCAGAAACCAAUGGCAUUAGCGCAGCAACGUAUAACACCAUGCCCAAAAUCGCCUUUUACGCGGGGCUUAAAAAACAACACGAGGGCUACGAAGUGUUAAAAUUCGACGAUGUGGUCACCAAUCUCGGCAACCACUAUGAUCCCACAACAGGCAAAUUCACCUGUUCAAUUCCGGGAAUCUAUUUCUUCGUAUACCACGUACUGAUGCGCGGAGGUGACGGGACCAGCAUGUGGGCUGAUCUUUGCAAAAACCAUCAGGUUCGGGCAAGCGCCAUAGCGCAAGAUGCUGACCAGAAUUACGAUUAUGCCAGCAAUAGUGUCAUUCUCCAUCUCGAACCUGGUGACGAGAUCUACAUCAAGCUGGAUGGCGGCAAGGCUCACGGUGGCAACAACAACAAGUACAGCACCUUCUCUGGCUUCAUGAUAUAUGCUGAUUAAAGCACAUUCGUUCACAUUUCUUGAAAUGGUCUCCCCUUGUAAUUACAAAGCAACAACUGGAAAUAAAUACUGACUAUCAGCUGUACUACUCUACUCAAUUGCAAAUGUUCUUGGUCAAAACAUCUGAAACGUUUUGGUAUCCUAAAACGCACGAAUUAAUUCCAUAUUGUUGAAUGAAAUGAAAUGGGGAUAGUCUCACUUGAGAAAAGUGGAUAAAAUAGUGUAAAACAUAUACUGAAUAAAGUUUUUAAAUAUUGCACUCUGUAUAGGGAAUGAUUCCUGUGCUACAAAAUCCAGCAAUCCCGCAUUCUCUGAAAAAUCCAGGUAUUCACCAGGUACAGCUAGUCCCUGGAGGCUGUCUAACCAAGUACUUGAGCCACGAGGCUUAAGACCAUAUUUGACUGACCUCUAAUGACAUCACCUCCUUGUUUGGCACAUAGAGUUAGUGGACAAUUAGUGGUGCAGCAGGAUUUGCAAUAAAAAACCUUUCUAGGAAGUAUGUCUGUGGUUUCAACCCUACAUUUCAGUGUUCUGUCAUGAAUAAUGUUGACAAUGUGUAUGUAAAAAAAUACCAUCUGCAUUGACAAUCCUUUGUUUUGUAUUGUAUCCGUCAUGACAUGUAGCUGAAAGCAUUGGAUUGUAAACUGAGUGUGCACUGAUGAAAGGAUAGGUUAAUUAAAGCAGAAUAUACUGUGUGUACACAUAUGGCUGGUUCAUGAUGAAGUUUCUUUUUCUGCGCAUAAUGCCAUGGCGUUACCAUUAAAAGAACCCAUGUGGUACAA